UUGAAAUCAGUCAGUAAUUAUUCUCUUGAGCGAGUGGUCGACAAAUUAAAAUACAGAAUUCAAAUGAAUUUAAAAACGUGUAUAAUCACAAUAUUAUUAACAAUUUCACAAGUGAACAGCUUGUGUUCCAAAGAAUCAAAGCUAUUGGAUGAACAAUGCAGUACCUAUUGCUAUCAGGUUGUGAAGCCGCUUCUACAAUACGUCAACACGGUCUCAACAAUGACACAAGAACACAACGAGUUGCAACAUACAAUUAAGACACAAGCCCAGCAAUUGAAAUCGUGUGAAAUACAAUCUGAACUUAAGUCAAAGUUAAGCGAAUCAUUCGAAAUCCAUAAUCGAAAUCAACAAAAACUUAUUGAUCAAUAUGAGAUUGAAAUAACUAAUCUGAAAUCGGAAAUCAAGUCGAAAGAUAAUGAAAUUAAGGAAUUGCAAUCACAAAAUGCAAAGACUAAAGCACUUCAGAAUGAGAUCACUGCUUAUAAACAGACAUCCAGUUGUCUCGGCAAAUUGACGGCGCUUCAUUCGAUUCGAGUUCCUAUAACACAAACAAUGACAGUUUCAUGUGAAUCGAACUUGUCUGAAGCUGGAACUGGAUGGACUGUUAUACAGCGACGUAAGGAUGGAAGUGUCAAUUUUAAUAAAACUUGGUCAGCGUACAAAGAAGGUUUUGGAGAUCCGCGUGGAGAAUUCUUUAUUGGACUCGAGAAGCUUCACUUGCUAACACAAUCCCAGCCCCAUGAAUUAUAUAUAUCCCUUGGCGACUUUUUUAAUGCAACACGAUAUGCCAGAUACAACAACUUCGUUAUUGGUGACGAGACAGAGUUAUAUGAAAUGAAAGAACUUGGAACGUAUUCAGGCAAUGCUGGCGACUCAUUGUCAUUUCACAAACAUUUUAAAUUUUCAACACCAGAUAAGGAUUCCAAGUGUGCAUCCAAAUACAGUUCAGGCUGGUGGUUUAACAACCGCUGCUAUCAUUGCAAUCUCAAUGGCCGUUAUAUACAACAAGAUAUUGGAGAGAAUGUAGAUGGAAUUGAAUGGAGGGGAUGGAAACAGGAUAGACCAUUAAAAAUUACUCAAAUGAUGAUAAGACCAAAAUCUUAAGAGAAUUGAGUUCUGUGAGAUUUUUUCUCUUCAAUGUUCGUAUCUGGCAUUGAUUUGGCAACGCGUUGAAGCGCUUAACAACAGUAAAUAAAUAGUUCGAUAUUGUCUUAAAAGUAAAACUAUGUAACUAUAUUUGAUAUUAAUCAAUAUUCAUACACAUGUAUAUUUUCAAACCUUUAUAUUUUGCAAAUUAUUGAAUUCAUUGAAACAAA